CUUUCGAUUUGACAAAACCCCUUCAACGCGCGGAUGUCCUGCAAUUGCCCAAUUUCAAAAUCCCGGGUGAUUUUUUGGUUCAGUGGGACUCCGGAUCCCGUUCCGGCCGGUGCUCCCGGAAUAGUGGGAGCCGACCGGGAAGGUGGGCGCGUUUUCUCCACUUUCCCCGACGUCUCCGGCGUCCUCGGCAAGCCCAUACCUACUCCGGCUAGCGUCGAAGAAACCUCAAGACCCGGUGAAUUGGACAAUUUGAAUGGAACUUUGGUCAGGCUUGUCAAAAUACCCGUGAACGUGGGAGACGCGAAGGCGGCUGAAUCUGCCAUGGCCCUGCUGAUUGCGUUAUUCUUCUUAUUCCAAAGUACAAAAGCCCAGCAGAUUUCUGGAAACAGCAUCAGCGAUUUUGUUGGGCAGUUGACUAAUCUUUUCAAUCAGAACGGUGGUCUGGGGAGCGUGCUUCAACAAGGCCCGGACGGCGGUUUCGGACUGUACCCAGCCACUCAGAAACCUUUCCCGCAAAGAUAUCCUUAUCCGAAUGAUCGUCCUUACCCGGUGGCACCUCCUUACGCACCUUAUCCCCGGCCACCGCCUGGACCACAGGGCCAGAGUUUAUUCUCCGCUCUAGCCUCCAUAGCGAGGUACGACGACCUGCGGUGCGUUCCACGUCUGCUCUGCGAGGUGACUUCGGGAUCGAAACCCGGCCAGAUCGGCAGCCAGCAAUCCACAGCACCGCUCACCACCAAGGACUCUCUGCUAGCAUUGCUGACCGUUGUGGAUUUUAUCGACAAUUCACCGUUGCUGGUGUUCGGACGGGCGGCUUUGUUGGGCUACUCAUCCCGAGGGAAUUCUCGUGCUUGUCUGACGGCGUACCCGACCUGUCCUCGAGAUCCUGAUGCUCUAGUCGAUUACCUCAAUAACCACCACGGCGGAUUUUUCCGCUACUUCAGCUGGAACAACGGGGAAACAAACAACCUGAACCAUCGUCCACCUAAUUACGGCCAGUACCAAUAUCCGUACAGGCCACCGUACUAUCAGAGAUACGCGGGCAAGUACACAGCCGCCAAGGACCAUUUCCAGGAAAGGAUCUUGGUGAGACCUCCGCCGUUUAACUCCUACGAUCAGAGAGAACAUGACAAACUCGUCUUUCCGACAAGGGGUGUAAAGCAGCUUCAUUUCCCACAGCAGUCGGAUUCAUACACAGCUAGUUACAAGCCAGUAAGGACCAAUGGGUACCUCAAUCCCAACUACGGCUCUGUGACGCCAGUUCCUUUUUUUCCUGAUAGAACUGGAACUGGGAAACUUCUCCUGGAUAACCAAGGCGUUCACUACGCACCGCCUCAGAAUCUCAUCAACUUCAGAGAUCAAAGAUCAGUCAAAUUUCCUGGAUUCAUGAACUUUCCAAAAACCUAGGAGGAGACUGCUAAAAUCAUAGGCUGUAGAUAUUUUCUAAAACUUUACGUGAUAAACUAUGUAAAUUAGUGAACAAUUAAAUGAACUAACCGUGCAUUGAGAAUUCAUAGAAAAAAAGUAUUAAAUGGAAACAUGAAAAAAAAAAUUAACCGACAGAACAUAAACAAUGAAAGGUAAUACUAGAAAUAUACUAAAAUCCUGUAUAUAUAGUCAAUUGAAAAUAAAUAAACAGAAGAGUGCAAGAUCAAAAUUGUUUAAAUAAACAUAUACAAGUGUAAAUAUGUAACAAAUAACAAUUUAGUAUUUUAUAGGUAAUGGAAGCCUAAUGAGUCUAAUUGUAGAAAAUGUAUAUAUUACCCGGCGAGUUUUAAAAGGUUUUAA